AUGAUUCACUGUGCAAAAAAUCACAUUAUUGGAAGGCAUGCAUCUGAAAGAAAAUUUCUACUAGAACAGGUUUCUUUUCCAUUCAAAUAUAUUGAAUAUGUAUUUGAUCUGGUGGAGAAAAAUAUGAUGAUAACAAAGGCAUUGCAAUUUGUUGAAGAUCUAGACAAAAAAGCGAUGACUUAUAAAGUGGACAUAUUAGCUAUUGUUAAGGAGAAUCAUAGAGAAUUUGUGACAAUUGGGGUAUCUGGUAGACCAAUUGAGCAGGAUCGUCCUCAUACACUGGAAGAUACCAAGAAGAUAUUGCUAGAAGGUGGUGAAAUGCUUCAAGAUACAUUAUAA